AUGCAACUCCAAUAUAUCCCGCUGGAACAGCAAGAGCGCUUUGAACGUUACAUCUAUGUUCCAGGAUUGAUUUACAAGUUUUUGGGAGUCGAUAUGAGAAUCAAACCACAAAUACACUCCAAAUAUUUACAAAUUGCGGUGACAUUAAAUCUAUUCAUUGUGGUCAUCCUACAAAUCAUCCACAAUGUCAUCUCAGAAGAUACAGAGGAGCGCUUGCCAAAUAUCAUUUUUAACAAUUACAUCAUUGUGGGAAUUGGUAAGAUAUUGGCCAUCUAUUAUCAUCGUUUAGCAAUGGCCAAAGCUGUGGACUAUCUGCGAGUGAUAUAUCCCUCUAAAGCUAUCGAACGCAAAUAUCAGCUUGGAGAUUAUUUUAAAUUUUAUUCACGCUUGGAAAUGGUUAUCUGGACAUUUUAUCGAAUGGUAGGACCUUCGUUUUUGCUGUUACCUCUGUUUCAAUCCUUUAUAAAUAUAUGGCUGCGGGGAAAAUUUUCCUUUAUUCUGCCAUUACACAUGUGGGGUUUCGAUGAGGCCAACAUUGGUGAAAGUUCACCAUGGGUCCUCUAUAUCCUCUAUUACCUUUUGGGAGGAUGGUGCUGCCUUAGUGUCGGCAUGUCUAUUACAGCUUGCGAUCUAUUGCUGUAUGGAAUGAUUAUCCAAUUGUGCCAACACUUUGAUUUAAAUUCGAAACAAAUAUUGGAGCUAUCACCGGGUAAUGAGAUGGAAGCUUUGGAGCAACUUAAAAAAAUUGGCAUUCAGCAUCAAAAGAUUAUGGAAUUAGCCAAGGAAGUUAAUAGAAUAUUUGGUCCAUCAAUUAUUUUCUCAGUGAUGUCGUCGUCAUUCAUUUUGUGCCUUGUGACCUAUCAGAUGCUAGACGAUGUUCCAUACUUUACAAUUUUAAAAUCAUUCAUACUACUGUUGUACGAAAGCAAACAGGUGAUAAUCACCUGUUAUAUGGGACAAAAAAUAAUGGAAUGUAGUUCCCUGGUCAACGAAUCGCUUUACAUGCACAAUUGGGUGGAUGGAUCUGUGAAAUAUCGUCGCCAUGUAUUGAUUAUGCUUUUGUGUACAGCCCAGCCAUUUGUUCUCUAUAUAGGCGGAAUAGCAGAUAUAACUUUGGUAACGCUUAAAGUGGUAUAUGGCAAUGCUUACCGCCUUUUUACCGUAUUCAAAAGCACUUAAGUUUCACCAAAAACCAGCAAUAGUUUAUCCUUCACAGCAUUUGGGGAUUUUAAAAUAAAACAAAUGCUUAGAUUUUGUGUUUUCAAUGUCAUACACACAUACAUAUGUAGUAUAUAUGUAACUUAGUUGUUAGU